AUAAAAAAAAAUAUUUUUUUCCCCAAAUAUUACUAAUAAUACGUGUUUUUAUGUGUUGUUGUUGUAUAUGAUAUCCAACGGACGCGCGUUUUUCUUUUCCGACACGUGUUAGAGACGGUAGUGGCCACUGAAAAACAACUUGAAAGCAAUCAAAUCACACUUUCACCCGAAGAUCACCCCCAAAGAUAUGGCCAAAGGCAGGAGUAGUGGCGGCGGCGGCGGUAGUCAACGGCCGUCGCUAAUGAAGUAUAGCCGCCAAUCGACAUCAUCAUCGACGGCGACGACGACAACAACGGCCACCAAUAACAACAGAGACCAACAACAGUUGCGCCAGAAGUUUAUCACAACCGAUACUUCAUUGUCGCACGUGUUGACCAUGAUAUCGAUGGGUAUCUGUCGUCGUAUUACAAGUCAAGAUCUGAUCCAUCGACGACUGAUGGCCUACGUAUCGCUGGUGGUCGUUGGCGGUCUGCUCAAUGAUUUUGCACCCGUUAUUCCCCGUGCCUUCAUGUUUAAGACCCAGAAGACGAAUCCGCUGAACGUGUGGUUCGUCAAAAUCGGUUGGUUUUGGACACUGACUUUGAUUACACCGUUGAUUGCCAUCACUGCGACAAUACUCGAGAGGACAGUCGACGGCGACGGCAAUGAUAGUGCCAAUGAGUCGUUGUCGGCACUUAACGGCGACGCCAGACACAAGAAUGCCGGCAAAGAUAUCGGCUAUCGAUUGAAACGAUUGUUGACAUACUUGCGAACCAGACAAUUGUUUCGGCUAUUGGCCAACACUGCUAUCUGGUAUGUGUCUGUAAAUCUUUUUUUCCAUUUGGAGGACAUCACCGGUUUCUGUUCAAACAAUAUCGAUGCCAAGGAUUCAAUUAUUACAACCAAAAAUAUUUGUAUCAAAUCGGGCCACAAAUGGCUAUCGGGAUUCGACAUCAGUGGCCACACGUUUUUGUUGAUAUUCUCCAAUCUCAUACUCAUCGAAGAGUGYGCCGUUAUGUUGGGUUGGGAACCAUUUGGCAAUCAGUUGUUUAUGGARAACACCAAUAUCUACGACCGGCCCGAUAUUGUACCCGAUMGGGAACAGUAUCGACUGUACACUAAAUAUGCCGUACCAUUGCGUAUACUGUUUCUAUUAAUUACCAGUUUGUCGCUUAUCUGGGAUUUUAUGUUACUUCAGACAUCACUGUUUUAUCAUACAAUGAUCCAGAAACUGAUUGCCUGUGYCUGGGCUAUCAUAGCCUGGUUUAUAACCUAUAAGUAUCUCUAUAAACGGUUAGACAUUGAUGUAAAACCACCGAAACUCAACAAAAAUUUAUAGUUAGAAAAAUGAUUU